AUGUCUAUCUAUCUAUCUAUCUAUCUAUCUAUCUAUCUAUCUCAUUCUGUUCAUAUCUGUCUUUCUAUCUCACUCUAUUCAUAUCUAUCUAUCUAUCUAUCUAUCUAUCUAUCUAUCUAUCAUGGUGUAUUUUCUGUCUAUCUGUUGCAGUAUCUAUCUAUCUAUCUAUCUAUCUAUCUAUCUAUCUAUUCGACAUUUUCUUUUUCAUCGUACUCAACAACUACUCCCACUUAUUCAGCACUUGCUACAGAACACAGUGAAGGCAUGAACUUGUCCAUUUUUCUUUGUUUCUUUCUUUUUUUCUAUUUCAAAUAUUUUUCUUUCAUUUAUUCAUUCAUUUAUUCUUUCUUCAUCAUAGGGUUUAUCAAGAUAGUAUUACAGACUGUUUUGUUUUGGUUUUUUUUUUCUAUUUCAAACUUCUUUCUUCCUUACUUUCUUUGUUUCCUUCUUUUAUUCUUUCUUUCUUUCUUUCUUUCUUUCAUUUAUUCAUUUUGUCUUUCUUUCAUCAUAGGGUGUAUCAAGAUAGUAUUACAGAUUGUUUGCUUGGUUUAUUUUUCUAUUUCAAACUUCUUUUUCCUUUCUUUCUUUCUUUCUUUCUUUCUUUCUUUCUUUCUUUCUUUCUUUCUUUCUUUGGUUGUUUGUUUCUUUCAUUCAUUCAUUAAAUUCAUUAUUUCUUUCUUCCAGCAUAGUGUUUAUCAUUAUAGUAUUACAGACUAUUUGUUUUGUUUCUUUUUUUCUAUUUCAAACUUUUUCUUUCUUUCUUUCUUUCAUUCUUUCUUUCUUUGUUUAUUUGUUUGUUUCAUUGUAAAGUUUAUCAAGAUAGUAUUACGGGCUAUUUGCUUUUUCUAUUUCACACUUUUUCUUUGUUUGAUUCAUUCAUUCUUUCUUUCGUUUUUUUCUUUUGUGCGUUGUUUCUUUCUUUUUUCUUUCUUUUAUGAUCGUAGUUAUCAAGUAUUACAGCCUAUUUUUGUUUGCUUCUUUCUAUUUCAAACUUAUUUCUUUCUUUCUGUCUUUCUUUCUUUCUUUCUUUCUUUCUUUAAUUCAUUCAUUAGAUAUUCUUGUUUUUAUCCUUUUCCAAUCUAUCUAUCUAUCUAUCUAUCUAUCUAUCUAUCUAUCUAUCUAUCUAUCUAUGCCUGUUAUAGAUCUAUCUAUCUAUCUAUCUAUCUAUCUAUCUAUACACGUGUUAUAGAAUCUCUGGUUAUCUAUCUAUCUAUCUAUCUAUCUAUCUAUCUAUCAUGA